CGAUCGUCCGCGGUGGGAAACGCAAAUGGCUUCGCUGCUCUCCUGCUCCGCCUGCUCCGCCUGCGUCGUCUCCUCGAAACUAUCUUUUCCGAUCUCCGGUUGGGGUUCGAAGCCACGAAGGCGAUGGGGCUCGAUUGGCCUUAUAAUUGCGCCGCAGGCGGAGAGGCGAAGAUCGAGGGUUCUCGCUGUGGUUUCCCGGGCCGUCUUCCGAGACCUCGACGCCGAUGAUUUCAGGCACCCUCUCGAUAAGCAGAACACUUUGUUGCUGAGGACAAUUCCUGGGCUGAAUGAACUUGGCAAAGCAUUGUUAGGACCAGUUACAGAGCAAGUUAUGCUUCUUGAGAACAUAGGAACGUCAGUUCUUGUUUCUGAAAAACAGCUCCCUGACCUGCAUAAGUUGAUGGUUGAGGCAGCCAAAGUACUAAAUACAGAUGCUCCUGAUCUUUAUGUUCGCCAAAAUCCUGUUCCAAAUGCAUACACUUUGGCAGUCAGUGGCAGGAAGCCUUUUAUAGUUGUCCACACAAGUCUCGUGGAGCUUCUUAGCAGAAGAGAAUUACAGGCUGUUCUGGCUCAUGAACUGGGACACUUGAAAUGUGACCAUGGUGUGUGGCUUACAUUUGCAAACAUAAUUACCCUCGGAGCUUACUCUGUCCCUGGGCUUGGUGCGAUGAUCGCCCAGAGCUUGGAAGAGCAACUGUUUAGAUGGCUCCGUGCGGCUGAGCUAACUUGUGAUAGGGCAGCUCUCCUCGUCGCACAAGAUCCAAAGGUGGUCAUAUCUGUCUUGAUGAAACUGGCCGGAGGUUGCCCAUCUCUUUCUGACCAGCUAAGCGUAGAUGCUUUCUUGGAGCAAGCUCGCUCAUAUGACAAGGCUUCUUCAAGUCCCAUUGGGUGGUAUAUUAGGAAUGCACAAACAAGGCAGUUAUCCCACCCUUUGCCUGUUCUGCGUGCUCGUGAAAUCGAUGAGUGGUCAAGAAGUCAUGAAUACAGAUUCCUUCUAAAGAGAGCUGCCCAGCUAGAAGAUUCACUGAAAGUCUAGAUUUUCCUUAUGCAGUGGGGAGGGGUGAUCAAGCAGAAGUUCUGCAGGAUUUGCAACAGGAUAUUCAAAGAGCUGAAUAAUAGAGAGGAUGUCGAUACUAAAGCAUGAUGUUAAUACAAACUGAAAAUUGCCUGAAUUUUACUGUAAAUUAGCAUUGUAUAUGCCAACAUAGAAGAAAGAAAAUUAGCAUUGUACACCAACAUAUCAUUACUUUCUGAAGUAGAGAUUCAAAAGGAUAUACUGUUAUCAUUCCUAUGGUAUCUCAAAUAUUCUCUAUUGCAUUUCUGUCA